GACAGUCGCAGCCCCAACAGAGGCUCUGCGUGGCGGCUGAAGUCGACGCAUCGGCUCGGCGCCUUGUUCCUCGGACUUUCCAUUUUUUUUUUCUUUAAAUCCCCUCCCACCGGUCUGAAGUGCGCCGGAGGCGUCAGAAAUGACCUGAAAAGGCAGCAGGUAAACACGAAUGAAGUUUACUCCUCUCCCUGGCCAACCGAAGACGGUGUAAGUGAGUCACUGAAUCUGGAGGUCCAUCCCAGGCUUUGGGCAUCCGAAAGUCUGCAGGCAGGAAAACAAGUUGCCGUCGUUCUGUUUUGUCGGUGGUUCAACUGGUUCCUGUCUGUCUUCUGAUAUUGAGGAUAACCACGACUGCUCUGUUUCCCCUUCAAAACCAGCAUCCUCAUCUCUUUUCAGACUGUCUCGCAUACUCUACAGUAACUCGACGCAUUCACAGAAGCACUCUUACCAAUGGAGCCCCAACUGACAGGUAGUCUGAGGGUUGUGUUCAUCCUGAUCAUCCUCCUCUCCACAGGUUCAAGUGAAAAUGAUCAGGACUUGAAAUUUUGUGGCACCUGGCACCAUGGCAAGGGCCUGAGCCUGAGCCUCAACCUCUCCCCAGGCUGUAAUGGGAUCUCGAUCUCAGCCAAUAAGAGCUCUCUGUCCAUCGAUGGGCAGAUCACAGCCCAGUGUUCGCGGUCUGAUGUCAUUCCCCUCCACCAGUAUGGACUUGAGUCAGAGGAGAAAAGUGACUUCUGUCUGUACUGGGAACCAUUGCUGGACCAGUUGAAACUGCAGGUCGGAGGACAGAACCUCACCGUGUGCUGGCCUGCCAGCCUGCGUGGCUCCUGCUGCACUGAUCUGUCGAAUGGCCCCAAUGAACCCGAAGCAACCUACGGCAUUAGCAAUGGAAUGAUCGGAACAGAUAUCAUCACCCACAAAACCUUCAUAGCCUACAAGUUCAACGGACGCACCAUUAACUGUGAACUUUUAUGUGAUCAAGCAAGCCACGGAUCGACCCGAAUCGCCACGAUUAAAGACACUGGAGGGAAUGCUAGAGACCCCUGCGCUCACACCUUUGAGGUGGAGAUGGAGGACGAUUUCAGAGGCUACAACGUCACAUCACCUGCCACUAAAGGUAUAUCUGAAAAGUCCCCCACGAGUGUCCAUCUCCCCCCUGCUCUACGACAAGCUGCAAAAAACACGAGCAAAGUAGUCUGCACAUUCUUCAGAAACAACUCCCUGUUCCAGGAUGGUCUCAAGGAGUUCAGGGUUCUCACUGAUGUGGUUGGAAUCACUGUGGAGAAGGAGGUCAUCGCUGAUCUGUCUGAGCCAAUCAGGAUUGGCUUUCACCAUGAUGUUAUACCCAAAAAGAAUUCAAGGAAAUGUGUUUCAUGGGACACGAGGAAAGAUCCAGUGCAGGUCAAAUGGUUGGAGGAUGGAUGCGUGACACGCCAGAGAGGAGCGGAACACACCGAGUGCCUCUGUAACCAUCUCACUUACUUCUCUGUCCUGGUGCAACUGGAGCCUCGACCAGUGCGCCACCUCCUGGCACUGACCACCAUUACAUCCUUGGGCUGCAUUGUGUCUGUGAUCAGCUGUGCCGCUCUCAUCAUUUUUCUCUGCAGGAAGAGGCGAUCCAAGGAGCAGUCCAUAUCCAUCCACUUGGGCCUAGCAGUGUCUCUCGCUUUUCUCAAUCUGCUCUUCUUCUUUACUGGGAUCCUGGCCAACAUGGGAGGGGAGAGUUUGUGCACCUGGGUGGGGGCAGGCCUCCACUACGCCCUGCUCAGCUCCUUCACUUGGAUGGGCAUGGAAGUCUUCCACACCUUCUGGUUGGUGUACAUGAUCUUCAGCCACCCCCCAAACCCCCAUCUAUGGAACCUGGUCGGCUUCGUUCUUCCUGCUGUUCCUAUUAUCAUCCUGGCUGCAGUAGGUGACAUUUAUGGACUGAGAGAGGUGGUGCCAAGCGAUGACAUCUCCAACCCUUAUCUGAUGUGCUGGAUGAAAGACACAAUGAAGGCCUUGCUGGCUCACUAUGUCACCAACAUGAUGGUGCUGGCCAUCCUGGUGAUCUCGGGCAUUGUGAUGCUCCUCAUGGUCUACAGGAAGAUCCGCACCCGGGAUGAAUGGAGGCAGAACCGUGUGGCUUUUCUCAGUAUCUGGGGUCUCAGCUGCCUCUUUGGAACAACCUGGGGUCUGACCUUCCUGGACUUUGGACCCCUUUCUGACUUCAUUCUCUUCCUCUCCUGCACCCUCAACUCUUUUCAAGGCUUCCUUCUGAUGUUGCGGUUCUACAUGCUGGAGUGGAUGCGGAAACAGGCUGGUGACUCUGCUCUCAGCAGCAACAGCACCGGAUCGACCAGGCAACACAUGCUACAGUACCAGGAGAAGAGUUAAAUGGACUAAAAAAGGUGUGGCACCUGCUGGUAAAUCUGAGCAAUAACCCACAAAUGAGGAUUGAACUUCGAAGUGACCCCAACAAGCAGUGAAAAAACUCACCAUACAUCCUACACCUAUCAUUCUUCUGGUAUCCCUUGGUAUUAAACAUCAUAGACCCCCUGGGUUGGUAAACACAAGCACACCUCAUUGGAUUUCCCAGAACUUACCUUCAGUCAGGUAGAGGUGAUGAUGGAGAAAUAGUAUGUCA